GAGUCUUCCGCGAGUGGCAGUCCUGCGCCGUCCCGCGGCUUUCGAGCCCUUCGGCGGCUCACGCUCAGCGCCGCCUAUUCGUGGCUCGCCGAAGCCCGGCCGGCAGCCCGAGAUCUCGCUCGCUCGCGCGGGCCCUGCCCCGUUGCUCCGAAGAGGCUUUUCAGCCGGCCCAGGACAGACCCUCGGGGUCGCGGGCGGGCGUCAGCGCGAGGUGUUGCGCGCUGGCCGGGCAGCUGCCGCACCAUGGAAGUCAGCCACUCCGUCAAGGAACGGACCAUCGCGGAGAACAGCCUGGUGAUCCUGCUGCAGGGCCUGCACGGUCGCGUCACUACGGUGGAGCUGCGCGACGAGAGCGCGGCCAGGGGCCGUAUCACCAACGUCGACGCCUUCAUGAACGUCCGCCUGGCCGAGGCCACGUUCACCGACCGGCGUGGCCACGCUUCCAGGCUGGAUGACCUCUUCGUGACAGGAAGGAACGUGCGCUACAUCCAUAUCCCCGACGAUGUGGACAUCAGGGCCACCAUCGAGCAGCAGCUGAAGCUCAUCCACAGAGUCCGCACUUUUGGUGGCCGGGACAAAGGGAGGAAAGAGUUCCUUAGGCAGAAGGACAAGUGACCGCGUAAGAGCCGCAUGGCCCCAGUGGCUCACCUUAGUCGGACAGUUUUUGCCCUUCCUGCACUGGGCACCCUCUCUUACAGCAUUCCAAAGGGCCUUUCGCUAACACCUAGUUGUUUUCCUAGAUGCCUUGACUUGGUUUUUGUUGUUGCUGUUAGUUGCGAAGUUGUGUCCCACCAUCGCAAGCCCAUGGUCUUGGCUGCACCUCCCUAAUUCAAGAGUUCAAGUAUUCUGAACACAAGUGGAAGCAGAGUCCCUUUGCAGCAAUGUAUGAGGCUAUAAUGCCCUAAACUACAAGUAGGAGGCAGCCUUUUUGUAGUCCUGAUUCAGUGACUGCUCCCUGCAGUUCCACUUGUUUUCCCAAAUAAAUUCUUAGAAAUAUUAA